GUGGUGAAGAAGCUGUCUGGGGAGGGUAAAGGCUCAGCUGAGUGGUUUACCAGUAUAGGCAAUGAGAAUUCCCAUAUUGUCUCGUUUGUUCUCACGUGUGAGGAGUCCAUCGAGUGCCUGGAGCCCAUGUGUCGUGGAGUAAUGGACCGGUUCCAGCAGGCCAAUCAACCUGUGCCUAAAAUCCUGUACGUUGACCGUGGGUGUUGCCGUGUACUAGGCCGAGCUGCCAUGGAGACCUUGUUCCUAGAUUGGGUAGAUAAUGGUAUGGUCGUGUGUCUGGACAUAUUUCAUUGGAUCCAUCGUUUUGAUGCGGCCAUUUGCAAUGACAGCCAUUCUAAGUAUGCAGUGUUCAAGUCUGCCCUAGCAGGAGCGGUGCUGGCAUACAAUCGCACUGACUUAGAGCUGCUCAUCAAAGCCGUCAAAGCAAAGGACCCAGGAACUUUUAACUCUGUCACUGAUGAAGAUAUGGUGAGACUCUAUGUGUCAAAAGAACAACUGAAGCACCACGUCCGCAGAGUUACACUUGGGGCACAGGAGACCUUCCGGCUAGUCCAGAUAGCCAUCGAUGAACUCAAAGGUCCUGCUGGGCUAGAUGAAAGCGGAGUCAGCCUCUUCAAGUCACCAGAGGCCAUAGACAAUGUGUGGGAAAGCCAGCAGCAACACUUGGAGUGCAUUCAGGAUCCUCCGGACAUGAAUAUGUACAGAUUGGCUCGAACCACUACCAUCAAUGGCAUUGACGUCCCUUAUUACAAAUGUCUCCGUGGAAGCAACAGCCUGGAGGCAUUCCACAAAGCUUUGCCCAACAUGAUUCCAGGUACAAGUUGAAU